AUGCAGGCCAAAGCGGGGAAGACUACGUCACUUCCCAUCACCGGCCCGGGCCCCAAUUCUACCCCAUCACGGAUUCAUUUCGCAAGUCCGGCGCAGAUGGGAUUGUUCUCUCGAGUGACAUGUUAUCCACCUCUGGGACAAGUCACCUGUGUAAAGAGACCAUACAAAACGCUGGGUCGCAACGAUGAAGAUGUUAUUCGGUUCACAGUCGUUAUAGAAUCAAGCAAUACAUUUCCAGAGCAGAAUUUGGAAGCGCAGAUAUGGCAUAACGUCGCUGGUCCUGAGUGGGGAGCGCUUCUGCUCGAGAAGUGCUCCUCCUCUACUGCGCCGUUGAUGAACGGGGAUGAGAGCAGCUACAGCAAUUACCGUUAUGUAUUUGCUGGACAGAUAGGUCUUUCACGGAAUGGAGGAGCGGCCCAGUUUACGGUUCGGUUUCGAGCGUGUCCCGACGCCGAUUGGGAGUGGGUGAACGAGAAGUAUCAUGUAGCGGACGGAGAACUCGUCUUCAACGCCGAAGAAUCCCAGUUCAACCUGAUGUCUGAAUUGCCGAAUAGCGAAGACCUUGCCAGGUACUUUGAGAAGCUUUCGUCUGAGAUUCGGGUUGAACCGCGCCAAAGUGAAUCCCCCGGUUCGAGGCUAUGGUGUCUUUCAGGGAAGGCUGAUCCUGCGGAGGGGUCACAUUCGGGGUUGACCAAUAUCUCACUUGGUGUUCCCUCUUCGGUAAAUCGAUAUUUUGCGCUAGUGCGGUCGUGGACUCCGUGGCUGGCCCCCAGACACGGUAAAGAAAAGCUGAAGUUGAAUGAGGACGCACUGUUCUGUUCGUUCCUUCGCUUGGAUGGAGUGCACGUUGUCCUUCUGGCGGUAUCCGGAGUAAAUAACGUGACGACUUUGUUGAGAUCCGGAGACCACGGAGAGGUCACUGUCAAAGCGCAAAGUGAUAACACCGAUGCAUCGGACUUCCAGGUCCUCGCUUCUGUCGCGGAUGAUUUCGAUAUAGCCAUGUCUGCCGUCGUAUACGAGGCGCGGAAGCUGACGAGACCGUAUUCUACCGAUGGCCCAGCCUAUCGAGUCCCAACUCCGGUAUCGCCCCCUGGAGACGACGAGGUCCUGGUAGAGAAGGACCCUCACGCACAAUGGUUAUCCGAGUGGUAUGACGGACUGACAUACUGCACUUGGAACGGGAUAGGCCAGGACCUGACCGAGGACAAGAUCCUCAACGCGUUAGACACGUUGAAAGCUGAGGAGAUCAACAUCGGCAGUCUUAUUAUCGAUGAUAAUUGGCAGACUCUAGAUGGCGAGGGCGAGUCACAAUUCAAGCGUCGAUGGAAACAUUUCGAGGGCAACCCGAGCGCCUUCCCACAGGGGCUCAAGAAAACUACAGAUACGAUCCGUCGUGUGCAUCCGAAAAUUGAACACAUUGCCGUCUGGCAUGCAUUGCUCGGCUACUGGGGUGGCAUCUCCCCCGAUGGAGACAUCGCGAAGAAGUAUAAGACUAAAGAAGUGAGCAUUGAAAAUCCGGCUGCAGGAGGGCCUAUGGCUCAGGCAUUCGAAAGAGGUUCGCUGCUAGCCGUGCAUCCGGAUGAUGUCCAGAAGUUUUAUGAUGAUUUCUUCGGUUACCUUACAUCCGUUGGCGUGGAUAGCGUCAAAACAGACGCGCAAUUCUUUCUGGAUCUUCUGCAAGAUCCAGAGGACCGACGCAAUUUCUUGAACGCUUACCAAGACGCUUGGUCUAUUUCAUCAUUGAAGCAUUUUAGCUCGAGGGCUAUAUCGUCCAUGUCGAUGUUCCCUCACGCUAUCUUCCACUCCCAGCUCCCGACUAACAAACCCAGCAUCCUUCUCCGAAACUCCGAUGACUUCUUUCCCGACAUAUCUGACUCUCACCCAUGGCAUGUUUUCUGUAACGCGCAUAACGCCCUUCUGACGAGAUUUUUGAACGUGAUUCCUGACUGGGACAUGUUCCAGACUAGUCAUCCGUACGCCUCUUUUCACGCGGCCGCAAGAUGUGUGUCUGGCGGCCCGAUCUGCAUUACCGAUGUGCCAGGCGAGCAUGAUCGAUCGUUGAUCAAUGAGAUCACAAUGCCUACUGUUGAUGCACGAACGGUCACCCUGCGGCCAAAUCUCGCGGGACGCACACUUGACAUGUAUCAUGACUUUAACGAGCGUCACAUCCUGCGUGUGGGUAGCUACACCGGGUGGGCACGAACCGGUAGUGGAAUAAUAGGAUUGUUCAACAUCUCAGACGUUAGCAGCUCCGCCAUAGUUCCUCUGAUGGAUUUCCCGGGCAUCCAUGAGGGCUACACUGGCCAAUACAUCGUUCGAGCGCACUCAAGCGGCAAAAUCACCCGACCGAUGCAGCCAGCGGCGCAUGAUUCCUUAGUAUCCGUGCAACUGGAGCCAAAAAGUGCUGAAAUCCUCACCAUGUACCCACUCCAAUCUUUCAGAGUUCGAAGAGGACACGGGCGAGAAACGAAAGUUGCCAUCCUCGGACUACUAGGCAAAAUGACCGGCGUCGCAGCUCUCGGGACCUCGGACAUUGAAGUCGAGACCAAUGGGCGGCUCAGAUUUGAAGUCCGCCUCAAAGGCCUCGGGCAAUUGGGGAUCUAUUUUUCUGAUCUGCGUGACUGGGACAUCGACGAUCACAUUAUGGUGAUGAUACUGGGUGAACCUCUGCCCCGGAAGACAGUGUGGAAGCAGGGAGGCAAUGAAUCUACAGUCCUGAUGAUAGACGUGUUGACGGCAUGGAAAGACCUGGGCCUGAGCCCAGGAUGGAGUAAUGAUGUACUGGUACAAGUUUUUGUCGGUUAA